CGUUCAGGGUUUAAUCGCACGUCGUUGCUCAGCAGCAGCAGCUCGCAGCCUCGCAGAGCCAAGGCCACUUUAGGACACACACACAACUGUUUACAUACAUUAUUAUUAUUAUUAUUUUAAAUCUGGUUGUAAUGGACGGCGACAGGGAAGACUCUGCAAUGAAGGAAUCCAGACGACGGGAGCGUCAGUCAGGUCCACGCAGGCACAAUUUACACGAUGUUGAAGCAGCUUUGGAGAAUCCGGACUCGGACAAUGGCGUGUGUGGCUGGCUGCUGGUCGGGUUCUCCCUCCUCCUCAUGCUGGUGACCCUCCCCAUCUCCAUAUGGAUGUGCAUUAAGAUCGUGAAGGAGUAUGAGCGAGCCAUUAUCUUCCGCCUGGGGCGCAUUUUGCGAGGAGGAGCCAAAGGACCAGGGUUGUUCUUCAUCUUGCCCUGCACCGACAGCUUCAUCAACGUGGACAUGCGCACCAUCACCUUCGACAUCCCACCGCAAGAGGUUUUGACCAAGGACUCUGUGACCGUGAGUGUGGACGGCGUGGUGUACUACCGGGUCCAGAACGCCACUCUGGCCGUGGCGAACAUCACCAACGCCGACGCCGCCACCCGCCUGCUGGCCCAGACCACACUGAGGAACGUCCUGGGCACCAAGAACCUGGCGGAGAUCCUGUCCGACCGCGAGGAAAUCGCACACAGUAUGCAGUCCACUCUGGAUGACGCAACAGACGACUGGGGCAUCAAGGUGGAGCGGGUGGAGAUCAAGGAUGUCAAGCUGCCCCUUCAGCUGCAGAGAGCAAUGGCGGCCGAGGCGGAGGCGAGUCGCGAGGCCAGAGCCAAGGUGAUUGCGGCGGAGGGGGAGAUGAACGCCUCGCGGGCGCUGAAGGAGGCCUCGCUGGUGAUCGCCGAGUCCCCGUCGGCGCUGCAGCUGCGCUACCUGCAGACCCUCAACACCAUCGCCGCCGAGAAAAAUUCCACCAUCAUCUUCCCGCUGCCGCUGGAGAUGAUGCGCGGUUUCAUGAAGCAACAAUGAGGAGUCUACAUACACACUCACACAAACUACACGGACCAUUUUACACGCACACACAUUUAGGUCCGCAGCGCUAAACACGACAGUUCAGGACAUCCUGAUUAUGGCUCAUGAUCCACUACGCUUUCCUCAAAAAAGACAUCUUAGCAUUUAACACCACAACACUUACAGUCGCCCGGCAGCCUACACACACACGUGUUCCACCUUUAGAUCUGUCAAAAAGCCUAAGUGGGUGAGCAGAAGUAAAAAAAAAAAAGAAAGAAAAAAAAAUGUAGCUUGUGUCAAAUGUUUGCUCAGAUCCGACCGAAGCAGAUGCAUCGCCGAACACUAUUUAUCGUUAUUGUGAACGACGCGUAACCGCAGCAGGUGGUUCAGCUUCAAUCCUGCAGGUUCCCCCCGACUGUCAAAACAAGAGGCAGGCAGCCCGAAACCUUUUCAUCAUCCCUCUCACAAACACAUACAAAGGAAAGUGCCAGCUGGAUGUGCAGCCUUACAACUGUGCACACACACACACACACACACACACACACACACCACUCAUAUUUACACAGCUAAUAUCUCCUGUUGCCGUGGCACUGUGCUGCGACCACUGCCAGUAUCGUUGUGCCAUAAUUAUUUUUCACGAUAUCCAUCUGAGCGCUCUCGUGGCUUCUACUUCCAAAUCCUCAAAAACCUACCUCUGUUUUUUUUUGACGUUGCAUGUACUCAAUGAAUUUCAGAGGAAAACCCCGUUCCAACACGAAACCAGGAACGUACAGUACAAACGAUACUGUACUUUAAAACAACAAUAUCAUGCUGGUGUGUAGUAAGUGUUGCGAAUACAGUUAAAUUUGAUGCAUGAACACACCGGACAGUUUAAAUUUUGAAAGGUGAUGACGUAUUUAAGGAUUUCGUUUGGCGUUAUUUAUAAAUUACUAACUAAAGAUACUAAUACGCAUACUGUAUUAAAUAUUGAAACGACCCCUUCCAAUGACGUACCACUAAUGCUGCAGGUACACACACACACACAUACACACACACACAUACACACUACAUUCAUUUAGCAGACACUUUUAUCCAAAGCGACUUAACAAUAAGUGCAUUCAACCAUUAAGAUAUUACCCAAAAGUGCAAAAAUCAAUGGACAUUUAUCAACACACACACACACACACACCCUUUCUCCUUUUACCAUCACUGAUGUCCCAGAUUACAAGCUAACACGUGGCUGACAGGUCACGCAGAUUCCUACUGGAUGUUACUGUUCUAUGUUUCAGUGUUACACAAUACAUAGUUUCAGCUUCAGCCCAAAGCCUUAAACUCACUGCCAUCAAUUCAUUAUAUUCUAAUAUCACACUGCUAUGCACUUCCUAAAUGAUUCUAACUUUUUAAACCACAGUAUUUUAUCACAUUCAUUCUUCUCUGAGUGUAACAAGCCAAAUAAUAUGUAGUCGUCAUAUUCUUCCUCCUUUUGACGUAUUAACAAACAGUGUUGUCCAUGCUCAUUACAGUAUCUAGUCCAUGUUUGACUUACUAGUGUUACUAUAUAUGUACCAUACAUAUAAAUACAUACACAUAUAUAAAUAUAAAUAUACUGUAUAUAUAUAUAUAGCAUUACAGUUCUGUGAAGUUUUUUAUAGUUUUCAGGAGGAGGAGCGUCUCGCUAAAGCUGCUUUCAGACAUGAAGACAUUUUCCGGAGUGGCUUGUAUGUGAGAAUGAAAACUUUUCCCUCUUGCCCCCCUGGUAAAAUGUUCGGAUAAUCGGCGCGUUGAUGACCGUAAACCGAAAAGAAACAAGCACUUUCUGCGGCGGAGUUUAACGCCAUGUCCUGGCUCUUACAUGCCUCCGAAUGUUCCGGAUAUCUUCCCGUGGGUGUGAGCGCGUCUGACCCGGGAAGAUCUCCUGCUGCGUCCGUCACGUGAAAUUUAUAAACUCCAGAAAAUGUGCGGAUGCAAUUUUUGCAGGAAAUUCAUGUCGGAAAACAGCUUGAGUUCAUGUCGAGCCCUGGUUUUGCUGUGACUAGUCAGAGGGUUUGAGUUUGUUAAGACUUAACCCGUGUUUUAAUGUGGCAUAGAUAUUUUUUAAGUAUGAAUUAUUCUUAUGGAAUACAAAGCCUGUCAAAAGCCUUACAUUACUUUACUUCAGUAGCUCUUAUAUAUUUGAUUUUCUGCUACAACAGAGAAAAAUUUAUUUAACUACAGUUACAUAGCAAAUACAAGUAUUUUUUGUUUACUUUCGCUCUUGUCUGGAUCUGAACUGUUACAGAAAGACGUGGUCACGCUCACUCGCAGCGCGACCGCGUUUAUCUCAGUAGCUUUGCUGCCUCUACUCUGUCACUUCUCUGGUUAUUUGACAUAAGAGAGAAAAAAUGUCAUCAGAAUUAUAUUUCAUUUAGUAUCUGUAGUUUAAAAAUUAUUUAAAAAAUAUCUUACUCUGGAAUUAUGGUUCUGUUAGUUUUUGCCAGCGAACUCAUUUUUGUACACUUUGCUAGUGUUUGAUAUGGUUUUAUCUUGACAUAUAUAAAUAAAGAUUUUAUCUAAAUCA